CCGGCGGCGGCAGCGACGCGGUGGCGGGCUGCGGGCGGGCAGCGUGAGAAGCAGCGGCGGAGCGCGGGGCCGCCGGGAAGCCAGGGCGCCGAGACGCCCCCUGCCCAGUCCUCUCAGGCCGCCAGGCCCCCUCCAGCCGGGGCCGUGGAGCACCGGGGCAAAGGCCGGGGCCCCCCCAUGAAGGAGCGCGACGCGGCCCCGGCCGAGCGGGGUAAGCCGGCCACCUACACCGGGGACAAGAAGGCGAAGAUGGCGGCCAAGACCAACAAGAAGUGGGUCCGGCUAGCCACGGUGUUCGCCUACGUGCUCUCCGUGUCGCUGGCCGCCAUCGUACUGGCCGUCUACUACAGUCUCAUCUGGCAGCCGGUGGGCGCCGGGACCUCGGGGGGAGCCGUCGGCCCGCCCCCCAGCGGCUCCAACACCACCGGCCCGUCUGGGACUUCGGUGUCGGCGGCGGGGCCCAACACCACCAGGUCGUCCCGCCGCGAGGCGCCACGCGACGCGCCCCCGCUGCAGGCGGCGAGGCCGGCGCCCCCGGAGCCCGCUGCAGACAGCCCCCUGGCCGGGCCGCUCGAGCGGCCGCAGGGGCCGGACGAGGACGAAGAGGAAGCGGCCGAAGAGCCCCGGAGUCGUUGAAUCUCUCCGUGUUGGGGACGGUCGGGAAUCAUCGUCCCCCAAUCCCCCAAGCAGGACUUUGCAGCAGGACCGGGUCCGGAGCCCGCCGGAGUGACCCCUACGCGAGCGUACGCCCCCACACACCUCAGCAACCGCCAGCUUGCCCCGGGAGCCGGUAAUGCACAACCGGAUCUUCAGCCAAGGGACCACGAUUCGCCGGGACUCGGGGUUUGAUCUUCCCAGCACCGUGCUGCGCCAGGGCCCUGAGCCAUAAGGGGAACUGGGGGGAGGGUGAGGAGAGCGUAGCACCCAGCCCUUCUGUGCUGCUAGCUCUGGUGUUUCCUAAACGCAGGGGGUGACUCGGGUGCCCCCUCCCCAAGACUCAGGGGAAGGUAGGGAGUUGUGUAGGGGCUCUUUUUUAAUAAGCUGAGGCUCUCCCAAAGAAGAGAGCACCAAAAGUAGCGGAGCUCAGGUACGUCAACCUAGUUGCAGUGGCCAGACAUGCGUUUAAUUUAUAGAUCCCUGUAUAUAGUUGUUGACAUAUGCACUAGAUGCUAUAAUCACAUAGAAUUCUAUGUAUCUCCCCACAGCCUGGGUAGCUACUGAAUGGUGGGGUCCAGCAAGGGCUAUUUGCUGGCCUUCAAACUGCACUUAGCCAGAAGGGCACAAACACAGCCUUUUUUCUUUUCCAUCACCCACUCUUUCACCUGUUCCCUUCCUGUUUCAGGAAGAUAAGUUUCUGACGUUCUUACACAAGAGUAUAAUCAUUCUUAGACCGCUAACAUGACAGUGGAAAAACCUUAGCAAUAGAAACCGUUUAGGGAGGGUGGGGAAUGUGCUGAUCCCCCUCCGGUUCCCAUCCUAGUGCUCCCACCAAAGUGGCUUCCUGUUGUAGCCUGAGUCUCUGGAUCCACGCCAGGGGCGAUGGAGAGAAGGAGUAAGGCUGCUGUGUUUAGAUCAGUCCCUUCCCUCACAGAAUUCCUUUAGGAAGAGCAAGCCUUUUUAAGUACAGUGAUUGGCAAGUGUUUUCUCUCAUUCCUUUUCCGGCUCCUCAACUAUCUUAUCGGUUCCAGAUCUUGUCUUAUUUAAUUUCUUGCCCUUCUAGAUCUCGUCUUACUCAUUUUUGCAUUUCCUAUUUUCUGAGCCUAACACAGCAGAUUGCCGUUAGGACCAAAUCAGUUGCAAAACCAGAGCUUUGAUGUGCUUCUGAGUUGCUUUAUAGAGUAAGAGCAGAAGGUAGAAUUCAAGUUCAGGAGUGUGCUUAGAUAGCCAGUGAAGAGACUAGCCAUGGGAAGAGUGAAUUGGCAGCUUCUCUUUCUCAUUCCCUAUAAGCGUCCACUUAAAUGCAGCCAACGAUUUUCUAGAGGUGGACACACACACACACACACACACACACACACACACAGAGAGAGAGAGAGAGAGAGAGAGAGAGAGAGAGAGAGAGACAGACAGAGGGAGGGAGAGAGACAGACAGACAGACAGACAGAGAUCGAGAGAGAGCGAGCUCGCGCACACGCUCGGGGCAUCAAAUUAUUCUUCAGUUUGGAUUCCAUUUCCUCCUGCCACUUGCUUUUAGGCAAUUGAGUUGGGUAAUGACAGAGAUCAAACCUUUUAGUGUUUCCUUUUUGGGAAAUUAGCUAUUUUAAAAAGAAACAAAACAGCAACUUUGCCCACCUUAGUCCUGAAACUCUCUAUCCACUUUUCUGGCCUACCUUGUAGUUAGCUCUGAUUCAGGUUUACAGGACAACAGUCUUGAUUUAAGCCAUGUCCUGUCCUGGGCAAGAAAAUAGCAACUAAGCUGGCAGCCUCCCAGCAGGCUGCUAACACCCCAAGGUGUCUGGGCUCUGAGAUUUCUUCACAGCUGAUGAGGACUUAAGUCAUUAGGAGGCCCAUGGGGACUUUUUAAAUUUUUGAUGAGAGACUGGGGGGAAGAAACCUAAAAUGCCACUUUGUAUCUUCAAUAAUAGCCUGUCAUUUAUAUUUAUGGUGUGAAUUUUUAGUCCUAUAUUUUAAUAAUUUGUAAAUUGAUCUCUUAUUCCAAGAAUCCUCUGGACUCGUGGGAGAGUGUCUGGGAGUCCAUUCCUCUUCCCCUCCUGACCCUGCUUUAUGGACUGUUUAAAUCCACUUUGGAUCAAAGAGUUCAGCAAGACCACUUGUGGUCCAGCUGGUCUCCUGACUCUAUAAGCCUUCACUGGAAUUGGGACAUUUUCUCCAGCCCUAGCUGUGAACAUGACCAGAGACAUUAUUUAUAAUUCAGCCAUUCAAGAUAUACCUGUACUUUAAAAGUCCUGUAUAUUUUUUAAAAGUUUUAUUUUUCAGGUGAACAAAAAUACAUUCUAAGAACUCUGCCUAA